CAGCGGUGCAGCCGGAGGAUCCGCUCAGUGGAGAUCUUCUAUAUCAGAUCCUUCUCCUGAUUGACCUAUCAAGGAUGGACAGGGACAAGAUGGCGGAGAGUAUAAUAAAUCUCACCCUAGAGAUCCUCUUCCGGCUUACUGGAGAGGACUACACAGUAGUAAAGAAGACCUCUAGUGAGAGUUGUCAGGAUCCUGUGUCUGAAGGAUCAGGAAGAACCCUGAGCCCAAUCACGGGGCCUCCACUUCAUCCCCUGAUACAUGAGGAAAUCAAUAGAGAGAAGAUCCUAGAACUCACCAAGAAGAUGAUUGAGCUGCUGACUGGAGAGGUUCCUAUUAGGUGUCAGGAUGUCACCAUCUAUUUCUCCAUGGAGGAGUGGGAGUAUUUAGAAGGGCACAAAGAUCUGUACAAGGACGAUAUGAUGGAGGAUUACCGGCCCCUCACAUCACCAGUUAAGCAAGAGAGAAGAACACCUGAGAGAUUUCCCAGUCCUCUUCUUCCACAGGAUGGUUCAGGAGAACAUCACAGUGUCCCACAGGAUGAUCAGCUUGUGAAUCCGGGUGAAGAUCUGAACAAUAUUAAUCCUACAGAGACAUAUGCGAGGGGUGAUGAGCAGAGUAUAGAGGACAUUCCCACAGAUAACUGCCCAGAUGACUGCACCAGGAGCUCAGAGGGACAUGGGAUAUCUUCACAACACACUCAAGAUGUAUAUGAACAGCAUGUGAUUAUCCCAGAUGCAUCCUCAGACUUUCACAGCAAAGCUCCAUCAUCUGAUUCUUUUCAAUGGAUCCGAUCUUCUGAUUUAUCACAGACUGUUAAGCAAAACAAAGAACACAGAAGGGGUGAGCAUCAAAGACCAGAGAAGCAAUUUUCAUGUUCAGAAUGUGGGAAAUGUUUUCAACGGAAAUCAAAUCUUGUUAGACAUCUGAGAACUCACACAGGAGAAAAGCCAUUUUCAUGCUCAGAAUGCGAGAAAUGUUUUAAUGCUAAAUCAGAUCUUGUUAAACAUCAAAGAAUUCACACAGGGGAGAAGCCAUUUUCAUGUUCAGAAUGCGGGAAAUAUUUUACCCAGAAGCAUGAGGUUGUUUUACAUCAGAGAACUCACACAGGGGAGAAGCCAUUUUCAUGCUCAGAAUGUGGGAAAUGUUUUUAUCAUAAAGCAAAUCUUGUUAGACAUCUGAGAACUCACACAGGGGAGAAGCUAUUUUCAUGCUCAGAAUGUGAGAAAUGUUUUAAUGCUAAAUCAGAUCUUGUUAAACAUCAAAGAAUACACACAGGGGAGAAGCCAUUUUCAUGUUCAGAAUGCGGGAAAUAUUUUACCCAGAAGCAUGAGGUUGUUUUACAUCAGAUAACUCACACAGGGGAGAAGCCAUUUUCAUGCUCAGAAUGUGGGAAAUGUUUUUCUCAGAAAACAUAUCUUGUUAAACAUCAGAGAACUCACACAGGGGAGAAGCCAUUUUCAUGCUCAGAAUGCGGGAAAUGUUUUUCUCAGAAAACACAUCUUGUUAAACAUCAGAGAACUCACACAGGGGAGAAGCCAUUUUCAUGCUCAGAAUGUGGGAAAUGUUUUUCUCGGAAAACAAAUCUUGUUAAGCAUCAGCUAAUUCACACAGGGGAGAAGUAAAUGGACUGAUCCCUUAUUGGGGA